UAACUGCACAUAGUAGUAAUAAGCUAAAUGACAUAGCUAACAAACUAGCUAAAAACCAAAACCAACCACACACACUUAGUCUUCUUCAUAUCAAUAUAUACAAUCCAUCAUAUUACCUUUAUUAUGACAAAUAUGGCAUAGAACAACCUACACAUAGAACUAUCAAAAACAUUA